AAAAUCUUGCUAAUGAUGGCGAGAGAUUAAUUCACUUAACAAGCGUGCAAAAAACUGAAAAAGGAUAAUAGUAGAUCUCCCACAGCCAGCCACGGAUCUCAUCGCACCGCUAAAACUUUUGUCCUCUCACCUCUUACGACGCCGUUCUUCACUUCCGCGCUCCUCUUUCUGUAAAAAAGAAUCACUUGGAUCGACAGAGGAAUUAAUUAAAGCUUUGAUUGAUCGAUCGAUCGUGAGAGAUGUCGAAGAAGAAAACGGCGUCGACCAUGUCGUUGAAGGACUUUCAUGGCGGCUCUAUUCCUUCUGAUCUCCCUCUACCUUCAGCUCCUGGCGUUAUGAUGAAGCCUGGUUCGGACCGAAAUGCGUCCGCAAAUUGGGGAAAUAAUUUGAUGCGGCCGAAGUCGUCAGGAGCUGCUCGUGGUUUUGAUGAGAAAGCUUCGUUUUUAUCUCACCAGGCGCCUAUAGGUAGAAACUUUGAUGAGGAUGAGCGUAAGCCGUUAGAUGGUUCAUCUGCUCCUCGUCGUACUAUUAGUGAUGAAAAUGUUCGUGCUUCGGCUUUGGUUCCUCAAGAGUUGAAGCCGGAGUAUGUUUCUGGUUCGUCUGUUAGGGUGCCGGAUAGACCGGUGACAAGUCCGGUACCACAGUCUAUGAGUUUGGGAGCGAGUUUGUCUCCGUUGAGACCGGGAGGAGGUUCGGUUGUAGUUAGUUCGCAGAAUUCGGGUGGUUGGGGGGGUAAUUCAGCGAUAACAAGUGGUGGUAAUGGUCAGGGUGUGAAUAAUAAUCCUCCGAAUGCUUGGGGGAUGAGGAGGGAUGUGAUGGGUGUUAAUGCCUCGAGGGUUUCAUCUGUGUCGCCGGGGUCGAAUCCGGUGUCAAAGUUUGCUCAAGCAAGUGCGCUUGAAAAGGUAUCUUCAGGAAUGUGGCAGUCAAAGAGUCCUGGUGAACUUUUACCACAUUUGAUUUAUUCACAGGAGAGUAAUGCAAGUCAUAGUGUGGAUGUGGGUAGGGAGAGGGGUGAUUAUGAUAAUUCAAGGGGAGGUCAAGCUGAAAGUGGUAGGGUCGCAGGAGAUAGGAAUCAGGUUGGGGGGAGGACAUUGCCGAAUCAUAGGAGGGAUCAACCUCAAAUGCACUCAGAAGAGUUUCAUAGUGGAGGUAUUGUCAGCUCGCAAACUCGACCAGCAAUGCCCCCAGAAGUAUCAGAACGACCUAAGCUGAAUGUUCUUGCAAGAACUAAAGCAUUAGAGAGACCAGAAAAUGACUUCAGACAGGGGUACCAGCAACCUGUAGUAUCUGGGAAGAUUGAAAUUGCCCGUGAAUUGUAUGGAAAUGGAAAUCCUUCAAAGCCAGGGUUGGCUGAUACCAAGAGUGGUAGUCAGCCAGCUGAGAGACCACUUGAACGUCCCAAAUUGAAUUUGAAGCCUCGCUCACAACCUGUUGAACAAUCUGAUGGAAGCCUUGAAAGAGAAAGGAGUUCAUUGUUUGGCGGUGCUCGUCCACGGGAAUUGGUUCUCAAGGAACGAGGUGUAGAUGACAUAGCAAUUAAUAACCUUGACAUGAAUCUUUCGCCCAACAGGGUGAAUUCUCCCAAGAAUGAAAUCACAUCAGAACAUGUGGCUGCAACCGCUCAUCAGAGUCAGAAAAAUGACAACCGUGGGGCUACCAGCCGAAGAAACGGGAGGGAUUCUGAGAAGAAAGAUCAACAGAUGGACCAUGAGAAAACUGAUAUGGAAAGGAAGAACUGGAGGAAUGAUAAAUGGAAAAGCAGCAAGGAUGCCAAAGACCAGCGACCUGAACCUGAAACCUGGCGCAAACCUAAUGAAGAACCAAAAACAACUUCAUCUGACGCCGCAGGAAACCGCCCUGGUAAAGUAUCAUCUGCCUUGGAGCUAGCUCAGGCUUUCUCAAAGUCAGCCUCUGAUCCAAAGAGUCAGAAUAUACCUUCUUCUCAAAGAGGCGCGCCUGCAGGUAAUGAUCAGCCCUUUUCACGACUGACAGACACCCGUGAGCAUCACCCAGCACCAACCACAGAGCCAACCACACGACAUUGGAUAAAUGGUUACUGAAUGACAGAGAUUAGAUUUCGGUUAUUGGGUUGGUUCCAAACAAUUGGGGCACUGAAUCAGUCGCCUGGUCGUGGCAUCGUUUUCAUUUGAAGGGCUUUCAAGUGAGCUUGACAGACUAUAUACCAGGAGCACAACGCCCCUGUAAUAUUAUCAAUUGUUGAGUGACAAUAUUAAUGCUGCCUAUAUUAGCAUAUGAUUAAAUUGCAUCCAAUUUUUAGUUUUCUCUUUAA